AUGGCCGGGUGGUGGUUCCCAGUGGUUGCGGGGCCACUGGCGGUGCAGGCUGCACGGUCUGGGUCGGGCGGCGGCGGGGCCGAGAUGCCAGCGGGAAGCCGGCGGCCGCAGGGGAGCAGCGGAGGGUUGGGGCGGUCUGGCGCAGACGCAACAGCGGGGGUUGGGGGCCAACAGGCGGCAGGAAGUCGUGGAGAAGCAAUGGGACCGGUAGGGGUUGAUGGAAGGAUGCCAACGGGGUUGGGUGACCGGGAAGGCACGGGGACCGAGGCUUGGGCAGCGACUGGAAGCCGUACUAACACCGACAGGGGCCCCACAGUACCCUGCAACUUAGAAAAAUCAUCUGCUUCAACUUUAUGUGAGCUUGAGGCAUCUUUCUCUUCAACUUCUGGAAUUUGA